GAAUGCGCCCGAGGGGGUUUUGUUAUUGGUUUAUUCGCACGAGAGCAGAAGGGCUGAGAACUCUUCCAGUUCCACACAUGACACUCCUACUGACGGUAAUUUACAGCUCGGUUACACGGCUAAAUCCUCAGUUUUCAACGGUAACAUCCAUCAUAUUAAUGAAACCACAGAUGCUGAGUGUUUGGACCCUCCUUUCAACUGCUAUUUGUGCAGUGUCAGUCUCUGCAUUAUCUCAGAAGCUUGUAUUCCAUGGCCAGCAGCUGACUCUGGAUCUUCCUGAGAGGACACAGAGGUUGGAGUUUGUAAAUGCUAAUGAGACUGAAAGAUUUACUAUUUGGAACCACGCUACCAAUUCUUUGCGGCCAAGUAAAGGCUACGUGACCAGUGUCGGUAAGGACUGGACAUUCAGAAUCCAACGUGUUACGUUUGAUGAUGAGGGAACCUACACCUUGUUAAAUCACUUUGGUGCAACCAUCAGCAGUUAUAUAGUGAAGGUCAAGUCCAACAGAGGCAUCAUUGAUUGUGUCGCAGGUGAAACUCUGAGCAUAUCUCUGGCAGGACUCAAGCAGGCUGAUGCCAUACUUCGCUUUUACAAUAAUUAUUCAUCUCUCCUCCUGGUGGAUAAUGGAGUUCCUGUGGGACGAAACUACCCAGACUAUGUCAGCCGGCUUAAAGUGAGCAGUGAAAUGAUUCAGAUUCUCAAUGUAAAUGUUUCAGAUGUAGGCAGAUACGAGCUCACCGAUCAGAAACGAAGACUCGUCUCCAACAAUACAAUGAUACUAGUGGAUCAUCGUGAUUAUUCCGCCAAUAAAGGUCUUCUAGCUCUGCUGCUGCUUGGCAUUCCUGGUGGAAUCUGCUUCUGCUGCAGAAAGAGAAUCUGCAAAUGUUGUCAGACCACUAAAUCAAACACAAGUCAGCCCAACAGUGUACCAAUGUCUACACCUUGCAGCAACACUAUGUCUGGUCCUGUAGGUCCUGGAGACAAUGGCCAGGGCUACAUUGCUGGUUAUCCGUCUCAACCAGAUCCAGGUCAGAAUCACUAUCCUUAUCCACCAGAGUCAGGCGGACAACCUGCUGUUCCUCCCAACCCUGGCUACAUCGCUGGUUAUCCGUCUCAUCCUUAUCCACCAGAGUCAGGCGGACAACCUGCUGUUCCUCCCAACUCUGGUUUUUAUCAAAACCCUGUCUACCCUCCUGCCUCUGGACCUGGACCUGCUCAGCCGCCCCAGUGGAAUGCCCCUCCAACCAACUACCAACCACCUGCACCUGUGAACUAUGCACCAGUAAUGAGCAGUGCUCCUUCUGGGCCUGAACUGCCGCCAACUGCACCACUGCUCACACCUCAGCCUCAGGUAACAUCUAACCUUUUCUACCCUUAACUUUUUUUCUAUUAACAUCUGCUUGAGUUAACCUUUCUUGGACCAUAUUUUAGUGUUAUUUAAGUAUUUUUAACUGUUCAGUCAUUCAGUAACAGUUACUUUGCAUUAAAUUUCUUACUUUUUUUUUUU